AUGGCGGAGAAAAUGAUAAAGCUAGCAACUCCAAAAGAACAUCCCUAUUCGUCCCACAUCUCCAAGUUUGCAAUGUUUCCAUCCUUCCACUCUCCAGAUGACCCGAAAACAGGAGUCAGAGCUGCCUCCCAACCUUUCCUCAACCCCCUCAUCCCAAAUAGUGCACCGGACGUCACUCUGCUGAGCAAAGCUAUAGGUAGUCCAUACAGACACGAGGUCUUGGAGACAACCAUGAACACCAAGAACAAAGCUGUUAUGUGGACCGGAGAACAUGGCUUCUGCAAUCAUACAAAGCCAUUGAAGGGACAGAACCAGGUUUUCUACCCAACUCCUCCAAAGACAGUGCUGCCCAACCCUAAACUUCGUGACUGGGAUUUGUCAAUAUCUGAGCGGACAAGCAACAUGUUGAAAAAUUUGGAGAGGACACACUGGCUCACAUCGUACCAAAUGCACCACACAGGAUCGGGGCCAGCAAAUCCUCUACAGAUAGAUGACUUCAAGGACAAAAUCUGUGACAUAACUGGGAUGAAUUCACACACUGCACCACUGAAAGAAAGGUCCUUUCCGAUGUUUGUUCCCUCUAAACCCAGAGUAGAAUGUAGAAGAAGACAGAGGAGCACCUGCAGUCCCGCUGUUGAUGAACUCCUAAAUCUAUCUCUAGCUCCAAACCAAGGCACUGCUUCAGCUGCUAUAAACCCACACAGGCCACGGGAGAUCACAGUUAAGUAUAAUGAGACACCAGAUCCAAACCAAAAUGGUCAUAGUCAAUCAUACUACAGCUCUGGCUCCACAGAAGCAGGGAGCACUGAGGCAUACCAGGAAGUCCAACACAAACAACAAAGUGAGAGCAAACACUCUGCAUCUAAGGAUAGAGGGAGAGAUAACUUCAAAGUCCAGUUUGAUGUUAGUCCAAGGCAAGAAUCUGCCUCACACAGCAGGCAAGAGGCUAACGCUGCCCCAAUCGCAGGUACAGAGAGAACCCUGGACCUGUACAGCCGCCCAAUUUCCCAGGAAGAAAUGGAGGUCAACAAGAAGAAAACCCUGAUUGAGCUGCAUGUAAACGAUGAACCACAAGCUGAAGGAAAUGUAUCUAGCGUUAGUCAGUCAUCUGUGACCAAGGAUCUGGCAGGUAUUGAAUCACACAUUGAGCUAUCAUUAAGGGCAGCUUCAGGGCAGGAGAAACCGGCAAAGGGCAAAGAGCUGCCACACAGUAUUUCUAACCCCAGCAUCCUGCCGAGGGCUCCUGUCAUGGCGAACAUUCGCCCAGUGGACAGAGUCGGGACAGUGGGUAGAGAAGGUGCAUCUCUCUGCCUCCUGGACCUUCAAAACUCAUUCAGUAAGACGAAGGCCCAUCGCAACUUCAACAGCUCCAUCACACAUGCUGCUGUGAACCUGAAGGACAAUGUAGUCUCAGGGAAGAAACAUGACUUCUAUGGGAUCAACUGUUACUGUCUGCAUGGCUAA